AUUCCAACGACGAUCAUCUCUGCUAUGGAAGUCACAGCUCACAGCUUGCUAGCUCACAGCUUGCUAGCUCACUCUAUAAUCUAUACGUAUAUGUAGGUGUACCAGUAUAUUUAUAUAUAUAUCUCCCACAGAUGUUAGUAUAAAUCGAAAAUCUCUCAUUAUACUCUCCAAAACCUCAUUCUUGUCUUCCAUUUGAGCAAUGGGUUCUCUGGUUUGGUUCUCAGCCAUUACUAUCCUCCUCCAUCUCCUCCGACCAUGUGCGGCGACCGCGGCAGUGGCGAAGAAAACAUACAUCGUACACAUGAAACAUCACGAAAAGCCUUCUUCAUUCCAAACCCACCGGGAUUGGUACGCUGCCCAUCUCCAAUCCUCGGAGGACUCCCUUUUGUACACCUACACCACCGCCUAUCACGGCUUCGCCGCCGCAUUAGGCGCCGACGAGGUGGAGCGGCUCCGGCGGUCGGAGGCGGUGGUUGGUGUGUAUGAGGAUUCAGUGUACAGUUUGCACACGACCCGUACGCCUGAGUUUCUAGGGCUGGAUGCGGAGUUCGGGCUUGGGGCGGGCCACGGCUCGCCGGAGGCGGCGGACGUAAUCGUGGGGAUUCUGGAUACCGGGGUGUGGCCGGAGUCAAAGAGCUUUGACGAUUCCGGCAUGACGGCUGUGCCGGCGAGGUGGCGCGGCCGAUGCGAAUCCGCCCCGAAUUUCGACCCGAAAACCCACUGCAAUAAAAAGCUCAUCGGCGCUCGAUUCUACACCAGAGGCUCUCGCAUGUCGUCGGGUAGAAUCCACGCCGGAGAGCCCGAUUCGCCGCGUGAUCGUGACGGACAUGGGACCCACACUGCCAGUACUGCGGCUGGGUCCCACGUAACGAACGCCAGCCUCUUCGGCUACGCGAGCGGAAUCGCCCGCGGGAUGGCCCCACUUGCCCGCGUGGCCACCUACAAGGUCUGCGAGAAAACCGGGUGUUUCGGCUCCGACAUCCUCGCCGGAAUGGAGCAAGCGAUCCUCGACGGCGUCGACAUACUCUCACUCUCCCUCGGAGGCGGUUCCGCGCCGUACUUUCGCGACACCAUCGCGAUCGGCGCUUUUUCCGCCGUGGAAAACGGGAUUUUCGUUUCGUGUUCCGCGGGGAACAGCGGGCCCACAAAAUCUUCCCUCGCAAAUGUCGCUCCCUGGAUCAUGACCGUCGGCGCCGGAACAAUCGACCGGGAUUUUCCGGCGUAUGCUACGCUGGGCAACGGCCAAAAAUUCGCCGGAGUUUCGUUAUACAGCGGGAAAGGAAUGGGGAAACAGCAAGUGGGGUUAGUUUACAAUUCCAAAAGUAACGGCGGGGCAAGCAAUCUAUGCUUGCCGGGAUCACUGGAUCCGAAAAUGGUGAAAGGGAAAGUGGUUUUGUGCGACAGAGGGAGUAACGCUAGGGUGGAGAAGGGCGCGGUGGUCCGGCAAGCCGGAGGGGUGGGGAUGAUACUGGCGAACACGGUGGCUAGCGGCGAGGAGCUGGUGGCGGACAGCCACAUGAUGCCGGCGGUGGCCGUGGGGCGGAAAAUGGGGGACGCGAUAAGGGAGUACGUGAAGACGGCUAAAAAUCCCACGGCGGCGCUCAGCUUUGGAGGGACGGUGGUGAACGUGAAGCCGUCGCCGGUGGUGGCGGCUUUCAGCUCAAGAGGGCCCAAUACGGUGACUCCUCAGAUCUUGAAGCCCGACGUGAUCGGGCCGGGUGUGAAUAUUUUGGCUGCUUGGUCUCUGGCAAUCGGGCCCACUGGGCUUGUUGCGGACUCCAGGAGGACUCCUUUCAACAUCAUGUCUGGAACAUCCAUGUCUUGUCCCCAUAUAAGUGGGCUAGCAGCUCUGCUCAAAGCAGCUCACCCAGAAUGGAGCCCAGGGGCAAUCAAGUCUGCACUAAUGACAACAGCAUACACCCAUGACAACACCAACUCCCCCAUUCGGGACGCUGGAGGAGACGAACUUUCCAACCCGUGGGCUCACGGGUCGGGCCAUGUCGACCCCCACAAGGCCCUCUCCCCGGGCCUGGUCUACGACAUUGCCCCAACUGACUAUACCAUGUUCUUGUGCUCCCUAGACUAUACUACUCAGCAAAUCCAGGCCAUUGUCAAGGCACCAAACAUCACCUGUGCCAAGAAACUAUCCAAUCCCGCCCAGCUCAACUACCCGUCUUUCUCGGUCCUGUUUGGAAAAUCAAGAAUCGUACGCCAAACCAGGGAACUCACCAAUGUGGGAGCCGCAGGAACCUUGUACGAGGUAGCCAUCGAAGCGCCACCAUCUGUAACGGUGACAGUUAAGCCGACAAAGCUCGUUUUCAAGAACGUAGGCGACAGGUUGAGGUACACUGUCACAUUCGUGUCAAAGAAAGGCGUCGUUACGCCUAGCAAUGCUGCAUUUGGUUCCGUUUCUUGGAACAAUGCCCAGAACCAAGUAAGAAGCCCGAUCGCUUUCUCAUGGACACAGCUGUUUUAACUUUGCUAGCUAGGGAGCUUUAACCUUGUAAGAAUCAGUCUGUGCUAAUGUAAUUUUCGGGUGCGAUGAAAAUAUAUCUGAAAAUCAAAACCUAAGGGAGGAAAUGAACAUGGAAUAAAGAUUAUGAUUGAAUUCCAUA